AUGCAUAAUAUAUUCAAAAAGAAAUCCAAACACCGUUUGAGUAAUAAAUCGCUGAAUAAUAACAAUAAUAACACAAAUGGUAUCCAAAGUAAUGGCGUUUCCAAUGGGGGUCCCAGUGGUGGGCCGGGAGGUGGUGGUGGGGGUCAGUCGUCGUCCAACGGUCACCACAACCAUCACCACACGGGUGGCAGCGGUUACGCGGCCUCUCAUCAGCACCAGAAGCACUCGCACCGGCAGCCGACGAGUCACUCGCCCCCACCCCCACACCCGCCCCACUCGAUCAGCGCCUCCACUCACUCGCCGCUGAACCCAUCGCUCACGAAGACCACCAUAAACUUGACGAACGGACUGCUCGUGAACCCGGCCGCCCAUCAGAGCACCGGUAGCCCAAUGGGUGGCAAAUCGCCGGCAGUGGCGCCGCACAUGUCGUCGAUCGGCACCACCACUACCACUGCCACCCCGUCCACUGGCGCCGGGGGCACGACGUUCACCAACAUUGAGUACGUGCUGACCACCCCCUCCACGACUGUCAGCCCCCUGUACGCCAACCCCAUGUCAGACAUUCCGCCACCGCUUCCGCCGAAACAGAAACAAAAACUCCGCAAAACCUUUGCGCCGACAAUAGCCACGAGUGUCUCACUGCCUACCGGUGCCGCCAGCAGUAGCCCAUCCACGCCUCCCAGCGUCGCCCAUCACUUACACAACCCGAUGGCCGCUAACAAGUCGUUACGUACGCAACAGUCCCUUCCGCAGCACCACAAACCUCUUGAGCGUAUGGUAGCCAACAGUCUGGACACCGGGUGCAGCACCGGUAGCACAGGAAGCAACAGCUCCAGCACCACCACCACCGGUAGCUCCACUAACGGCAGUAGUAGUCAUCUGAAUGCCAUCACCGCUACGCCCACCACAACCACCAACUCAGCCAAUAACGCGACAAAACAUACGCCACAAGUGGGACGGGAGGGCCGGCAGGACUCGGGCGAUGAGAGCUCACCGCCGCCCACACCACCCAUACGGCAGCGAAUUACUCGACCCAACCAUCUGUCGACCGCUACUCCUCACACGACAACUACUGUACCCAUUAUUACCGACAAUCAGUUUGUGAGGCAGUCUUUGGUGUCGGCAGUGAUGGCACCGUUAGCCACACCCGACCACGAGUUGGCUACCAGUUCCUCAGCCGAUGCCUGCGAUCAGUACUCCGCAGAUGAGGGCACCGAUAGUGAGGGCCACUCAUCAGUUGAUGAUAUUAAUGUGUGCAAUGGUUGUCACCACAACUGUUCCGACGAGGAGUGCGGGUGUCAUGAGGGCGAGGAUGUCUUACACCACACGAUGGACAGGGAGGUCGACGAGGAAGAGGACGAUGUGGGACAGGAGGCCGAGGAUGUGCCGCCCAGUUUCGUGUCCGAGUCCGAGACAUUUGGUGUGAAUAUCACAUACGAUGACCUCAACGGACAUACUGUUCACUCAUCGCAAGAAGACUUCGAGCAGACCAUCGAUGAGGAGGAAGAAGAGGACGAUUUGGUCGACGAUAACGAGUGCGAAGAGACGAAUACAUUGAGUGGGAGUCCUAUUCCCGACGAUUACGGCACUCACGAGUCGGACGGUGCGCUCGACCAUCAAUCCGAGUCACGACAGCAACAGGUGGUGGACGACGACGACGAGGAAGACAUUGAUUUGUGUCACAACUCUAGUGAUAAUAUUACACAACAGACAGACGAGGAAGUGGUCGCCGCUGUCGACGAUCUCUCGGAUCAGUUGGAAGUGUCGGUGCGCGUGAAGGAGAGACCGCGACACAGACCCCGGACCUCUGUGCCCACACCCGACCCCUCAAGUGAUAUACAAAUUAGUGAUAAUAAUAGAGACGACAGUGAAUUACAUCCCGUGCCGGAUGUGGUCAUCAGUAGACAACAGCCAGACAUUUGUGGCGCCAAUUCGUCCAUUAGUUUCGUGAAUCAGACACAAGACAGUACUUCCAGCGCUCAUCACAUACCGCCGCCACCACCCAAACAAAGGACUACUGUUCCCAACGCACAGACACCGGCGGUUCCCUCCGUUGAUACGAUGCCGGCGCCCAUAGAGUGUGUGGAUAAGGCCCACAAAAUACAGCACCACAGCUCCGGCGGUCACAAUACCGGUGCGCCCAAUGGUCACGAUGUGGGACCCGAAGUGAGUCACCGGCGGCUCGAAAGGGUCGGCCACCAGAAGAAUCACAGGAGAACCGUAUCCAUAGGUCCGACCCUAUCAUCGGUCGUACGGGACAGCAACGGCACCGGUGGUAACGGCGCGCCUACCGGUCCGGCAACGGUGAACAGGUCGGCGACUAUCACGCGAUUGCCGUCUAUACCGGAGCGGACGGUUAGGUACCAAAGGAUAUCGUUGGACGAGUCGUUGCCGACCAACUGGGAGGCCAGGAUCGACGCCCACGGGAGGAUCUUCUACAUCGACCACUCAAACAGGACCACCACUUGGUCCAGACCCCAGCCCUCACAACACCAGACCCCUCAACAGUCUACUACCACUGCCCAGACUAAUGAGUCCAUACAGAGGCAACAGUUGGACAGACGGUUAGACCCCUUACUUUAUCAAUCGAUAAGGCGUACAAUGACUGGCCGGGGAUCACGUGAUUUCCACGCCAACGGCACUAAAGCUAAAAGCCCUGCCAUCACGACCCCCACCACUACUGCCACCGACAACAACCUGUUAUCGCCGGGCGAUGGCGUCGAUGGCCAGACACACAGCACGCAAACCACUACUACUAACAUAACGAGUACAACACAAACACCAGUUCCUACGGCCACAGUCAGCACCAGUAGCAGCAGCGGGCAGACCGCUCCGGCAGGACCGGCACCGGGCGCUCCCGUGAACCCGUCGCGUGUGAUCCUCGACCUGCCGGCCGUCCGGUUCCUGACUCGGACCGACUUCUUCAAUGUGAUGCACAUGAAUGACGAGGCGUUGGCUCAGUAUAACAGCUCCUCUUCCCUCAAACAUAUGGUCACUAAAGUGAGACGAGAGGGUCAGCACCAGCACACCGGCGCCUUCGAGCGCUACCAACACAACCGAGAUUUAGUGUCACUAAUCAAUAGGUUCGCCGAAACGCACCGGGAGUUGCCAUCAGGCUGGGAGUCAAAGAUCGAUAAGACGGGCAAACAGUUCUUCAUCGACCACACCAGCCGUAGCACCACAUUCAUCGACCCGCGCCUACCCCUCGACGUGCCAGUAGUCAACCCACACAAACUGGUGUUAGCGCCCAGUCGUCGUCGGGUGCGGAACACCAUUACCGGUGACAACAGUGAUAAUCAGGAGGAACCCGGCGGUAGCGCGUCGUCACCGAUACCGCCGCCCAGACCCCCGUCGACGUCCACGUCGGCCACCACACCCACCUGCGCGCCUACGGUUCCCACUGCCUAUAACGACAAAGUGGUAGCCUUUCUAAGACAGCCUAACAUAAUGGACAUACUGUGUGAGCGCCGGCCAGCCGUGAAGUCCAACUCCAAUCUGAGAGACAAAGUGCAUACCAUUCGCUCCGAUGGGACGUUAGCUUUGGACCGGUUUAGCGACGAUCUCGAGCUCACGAUAUUGUUGUCGCUCUUUGAGCAGGAGAUCAUGUCUUACGUGCCAUCCAGUGAUCAGUUGAAGCACUUGACCCCCAGUUCCUCAUCACCGCAAGCGUCGCCUCAAAUCCAGAGAUCACAGAUCCGAGUGGCACCGACACCUCCCGCCCCAUACCGACGCGACUUUGACGCCAAACUACGUAACUUUUACCGUAAACUGGAGCAGAAAGGUAUGGGUCAGGGACCCAACAAAAUGAAGCUAAAUGUUAGGCGGGAUCACCUCCUGGAGGACGCGUUCAGCAAAAUAAUGGCCGCAAAUAAUAAGAAAGAUCUCCAGAAGUCUCGACUUUACAUAUCGUUUGCAGGGGAAGAGGGUCUCGACUACGGCGGGCCCUCCCGGGAGUUCUUUUUCCUACUGUCCCGCGAGCUAUUCAACCCAUACUAUGGGCUGUUUGAGUACUCGGCCAACGAUACCUAUACAGUGCAGGUGUCACCGAUGAGCGCGUUUGUGGACGACUGUCACGAGUGGUUCCGGUUCUCGGGCCGAGUGCUGGGUCUGGCGCUCGUACACCAGUACCUGUUGGACGCCUUCUUCACCCGUCCCUUCUAUAAAGCACUCUUACGACUGCCCUGUUCUCUGUCCGACUUGGAGUACUUGGACGCCGAGUUCCACCAAAGCCUACUCUGGCUCAAGGAUAACGACAUCACCGACAUGUGGGAGAGUCUGGACCUCACCUUCUCGGUCAUCGAGGAGAUCGCCGGACAGAUAGUCGAGAAGGAGCUGAAGACCGGUGGCCGUAAUAUAGCCGUCACUGAGCGCAACAAAAAGGAGUACAUCGAGAAGAUGGUGAAAUGGCGUCUGGAGAGGGGUGUUGUCGACCAGACCGAGUCAAUGGUCAAAGGCUUCUACGAAGUGAUCGAUCAGCGGUUUGUCAGCGUUUUCGACGCCCGGGAACUGGAGCUCGUGAUCGCCGGCACCGCUGAGAUCGAUGUGUGCGACUGGAGGAAGAACACGGAGUACCGGAGCGGUUAUCACGACUCCCAUCCCGUUAUCCAGUGGUUUUGGUCGGCGAUUGACCGCAAGUUUGAUAACGAACAGAGGCUACGGCUCCUACAGUUCGUCACCGGCACCUCCUCUAUACCCUAUGAGGGCUUCGCGGCGCUCCGGGGGUCUAACGGCCCGCGAAAGUUCUGUAUCGAGAAGUGGGGCAAACCUACCAGUCUUCCUAGGUAUGGGUGCUAUUUAGCGCACACGUGUUUCAAUCGGUUAGACCUACCGCCCUAUUCCUCGUUUGAUAUGCUUUACGACAAACUCUUGUUGGCUGUCGAGGAGUCGUCCACUUUUGGCAUCGAAUAG